CAUCUUGAUGCGGAAGAGAUUCCGAAGAAUUAAAGAACUGUCACCAAAAUGACAACAACACACUAACCAGAGCUAUUAACGUCGUAUUAUAGCUAUUGCACGUUGAUUUACUGAGACGAGUGAAAUUCUACGGUGGGUUAUUUUGACCAUCGUACGUAACCAGCACCCAUGGCUAAUAACAAUUUACAGAAAGCAAUAGAUCUUGCAAGCAAGGCUGCAGAGGAGGAUAAGGCUAAAAACUACGAGGAAGCUCUCCGGUUGUACCAGCAUUCCAUUCAAUACUUCCUUCAUGUUGUUAAAUAUGAGGCCCAGGGAGACAAGGCCAAGCAGAGCAUCAGGGCAAAGUGUGCAGAGUACCUGGACCGAGCAGAGAAGCUGAAGGAAUACUUGAAGAAGAAGGAUAAGGCCCCUCCAGCCAAGCCUGUCAAGGAGUCCGGCUCUGAUGACAAAGGGAAUGACAGUGAUGAAGGUGAAGGUGACCCAGAGAAAAAGAAGUUUAAAAAUCAACUCUCAGGGGCCAUCGUCAUGGAAAAGCCAAACAUCAAGUGGAAUGAUGUAGCUGGGCUUGAGGGUGCAAAGGAGGCCCUUAAAGAAGCUGUCAUCUUGCCCAUCAAAUUCCCUCACCUCUUCACCGGAAAGCGAACUCCAUGGAGAGGGAUCCUGCUGUUUGGCCCUCCUGGUACAGGGAAGUCUUAUCUGGCCAAGGCUGUGGCCACAGAAGCCAACAACUCUACCUUCUUCUCUAUCUCCUCCUCUGACCUGGUGUCCAAGUGGCUGGGGGAGAGUGAAAAGUUGGUGAAGAACCUGUUUAGCCUGGCCAGGGAGAACAGGCCCUCCAUCAUCUUCAUCGACGAGAUAGACUCUCUGUGUGGCUCCAGGAGUGAGAACGAGAGUGAAGCAGCCCGCCGCAUCAAGACUGAGUUCCUGGUCCAGAUGCAGGGUGUUGGAAAUGAUAAUGAGGGAGUCCUGGUUCUAGGAGCCACAAACAUCCCCUGGACACUGGACUCUGCUAUUAGGAGAAGGUUUGAGAAGCGGAUCUACAUCCCUCUGCCUGAGGGGCACGCCCGCUCCUUCAUGUUCAAGCUGCAUCUGGGCUCCACCCCCAAUGAGCUCACUGAAUCAGACUAUGUGACCCUGGGUAAGAAGACGGAAGGCUACUCUGGAGCAGACAUCAGCGUCAUCGUAAGGGACGCCCUCAUGCAGCCAGUCAGGAAGGUGCAGUCGGCCACUCACUUCAAACGGGUCCAAGGGUCAUCAUGGAACCAUCCCAACCUCGUGGUAGACGAUCUCUUGACCCCAUGCUCACCAGGAGAUCCAGACGCCAUAGAGAUGACCUGGAUGGAUGUUAAUGGGGAGAAACUCAUGGAGCCCAUUGUUUGCAUGGCUGAUAUGCUGAGGUCACUGCACAACACCAAGCCAACUGUGAACGAGCAGGACUUGGACAAACUCAAGAAGUUCACAGAGGACUUUGGUCAGGAAGGCUAAUACUCAACCAAAUAAUGCGAACACAACUUUCCUUUCUCAUAUCCUUUUUCUUCACUGGUUCUCAGGCCUGCAUUUGCUACUCUACUUUCUCUCCACAAGUAGCAAAGGGGCUUCAUGUUUCAUGUAUGUUAAUUUGUUGACUUACUUUGUUAGUUGCCAAUACAUACCCAUAAUAGUGUACCCAUAGUAUACAACUUUUCUUUUUACAAAGAUAGAUUGGUUGAAGAUGGUGAUGGUCUCAAAUAAUAUGGAUUCAUGAAAAGUAUUUAUAAUUUAUGCUUUAAAACACUAAAGUGUCUGUUUUGGCCUUGAUGGCAUCAAACAAGCAAUGCAUGCAAUUGUGCAUUACAAUAACUCCUCCAAAAGUCCUUUACUGCUUGAAGUGCAUCUAUGGUUUGACAAGAUGGAUUUUGCCUGUUUUGUUGUACUGUAAUGUAUUUGGACAUUGUUUACCGAUGUUUCUUUCUUUGUAUUCAUUUUUCUUACCAAGAAGGGCUACGCCUGUAAUUUUGACUUUGCGUUGAUGGAGCAGCACUCAUUGAAGAGGACCAUAUCAUGAUUAACUACCAGCAAAUUUAAUGAUUACAAUUUUCUUUCAUCAGUUUUUAUGUUGAGUAUUUUCAUAUUGUUUUUCUGUAUGCUGUUUUUGAAAGAAGAUGUUAGUUUGAGUGCCUUGCUGGUCAAAAGAAAGUUAAAGUACUUUGGAAUGGGUUGGUGGGGGUAUGUUAUAAUGUAAUAAAACCCAAUGAUUAUUGAUCUUCAA